AAAGCAAGCGCUCGCUCAGUCUGCGAUACAAACUUGAACCUGAAAGAUCGAUUCAACGGGCACACCGAACCCACUGCGAGAGUGCCAGAGCCAAGAGCCCGCGUACGCGUUCACUCUACAGUCCCCCCCCAUUCCAAGCCGGUGAAUUCUCAGUGAAGUGAACAGAACGGUUGAUUUAUGGAAAUAUAUUGAUAGCAACUCAACGCAAUUGAAUUAAAUAAAACUCAACAAGUGUGUGAAGCGAAAAUAAACAGUAUCCAUUCAGAAAUAUACGUACAAACAUAUGUACAUAGAUAUACGAGUAUCUGAACAACGUCGCCAUGGAAUAUCACCGACGAGCAGAUGCCCAGACAAUGCUGCUAAUUAUGAUAGUUAUCUUCGCCUGCUCGCCCACAGCGCACGCACAGUCGUAUCUGAUUACCCUGGAGAACGUUCUCAACGAGUCCCCACAGUCCCCACAGCCCCCACAGCUGCCAAACAACCUGACGACAGCGAACAGCACCACGGAUGUGGAUCCAUUUGCCAACAGCACUCGCAUAAUUGUCUACAAAAAUACUGUCGUGGAGCCAACAAACGAAUUGUCACAGACGGCCAUGGAUGUGAUCACGAUCGUGUGGUAUGUGGCCACUUUUUUGGCCCUGGCGGCUUUCUUCAUGCUGAUGGCCUGCUCGGAUCGCAGGUGUCGCGACAUGAGGCGCCACCAUUCGGGUGCGGGAGCGCAGAGCGAAGGCGUUAGAGCGCCGCCCACGCCCUCACCGUCGUACAGCGAGUUUGCACCGCCCAGCUACGAUACGGUGAUCAAGAUGCAGCAUGCAGCCAAGACCAGUGUCUUUGUGAUACCCUUCAACAAGGCCAGCGAACCAGGAGGAGGCACUACCGCGCCGACAUCCCCACCAGUCACGUGCAAUAUUUAUACAGUCAACGAGGUGCAAAAAUCGGGGAAUUAACAGAUAGGUCGGAGACCCCGAGCGACUGUUUGCCGCGUGAACUCUGAGAGCCAAGCCCUGCUCCGCUUCUGUGAUAUUUGCUGUGACUCCCACCCAGACGAGUGGGGUGGGGCAGCGGGAGACGUUUGUGGUAUGAACUACAUAAAGAUAGGAACAAUAUUAGAUUUAAGAACCUGCAGAAGACUGACAACGAAAGAUAUCUACAUAUGCAAAUGUAUUUACCAUAAGAAAUGCCAGUUCAACUGAAACUAGAUGACUAAGCAAUCAAAUAUAAUAAACCCACAAAAUAUUAAGUAACUCAGAA